CCCCUCCCCCUGCGGCGCUCGGAGUGUACAUGAUCAGCAGCGGAGAGAGUCCAGGCUGAGGUGAUCUGAGACACCGAGGAGGCGAACUCAAUGAGGCAGCAAACUGGAAACUGAACCGGUGUGAAAAUCCAACACUAACAUCCCUCUGAACCCGGGGGUGGCGAGGAGGGACGAAGAUACUAACAAGACACAAAUCCCCCUUGCUUCGACCAGGAUAGGACCUGCCUAUUGCCAUCGCAGCGAUGGGGAACCGGGGAAUGGAGGAUCUGAUUCCUCUGGUGAACCGCAUGCAGGAUGCCUUCUCCGCCAUCGGGCAAAACGCAAACCUGGACCUGCCGCAGAUCGCCGUGGUGGGCGGACAGAGCGCCGGGAAGAGCUCAGUGUUGGAGAACUUCGUCGGGAAGGAUUUCCUUCCCCGUGGUUCUGGUAUUGUGACCCGUCGUCCUCUGGUGCUCCAGCUGAUGAACUGUCCCACAGAAUAUGCAGAGUUUCUCCAUUGUAAGGGAAAGAAGUUUACAGACUUUGAUGAGGUUCGGCAGGAGAUUGAGGCAGAGACUGAUCGCAUCACCGGAGCCAACAAGGGCAUCUCGCCUGUACCCAUCAACCUGCGGGUGUACUCCCCUCACGUGCUGAAUCUGACGCUGGUGGACUUGCCUGGGAUGACCAAGGUGCCGGUGGGUGACCAACCAGCAGACAUCGAGUCUCAGAUCAGAGAAAUGCUGUUGCAGUUCGUCACCAAAGACAACUGUCUGAUGCUGGCUGUGUCUCCGGCAAACUCUGAUCUGGCCAACUCUGAUGCUUUAAAGAUUGCCAAAGAGGUCGACCCUCAGGGUUUGAGGACUAUUGGGGUGAUCACCAAGCUGGACCUGAUGGACGAGGGGACGGACGCCAAGGAAAUCCUGGAAAAUAAGCUGCUUCCACUCAGGAGGGGUUACAUUGGUGUGGUGAACAGAAGCCAGAAAGACAUUGAUGGAAGAAAGGACAUCAAUGCUGCUAUGGCUGCUGAGAGGAAGUUCUUUCUAUCCCAUCCUGCAUAUCGACACCUGGCUGACAGGAUGGGCACCCCAUACCUCCAGAAAAUUCUCAAUCAGCAACUCACCAACCACAUCCGGGACACUCUGCCAGCUCUGCGGGCCAAGCUGCAGAGCCAGCUGCUCUCCAUAGAGAAGGAGGUGGAAGAGUACAAGAACUUCAGACCUGAUGACCCGUCACGCAAAACCAAGGCUCUGCUUCAGAUGGUGCAGCAGUUCUCUGUGGACUUUGAUAAGUGUAUAGAGGGAUCCGGAGAUCAGAUUGACACUGCUGAGCUCUCAGGUGGUGCCAGGAUCAAUCGUAUAUUCCAUGAGCGGUUCCCAUUUGAACUGGUUAAGAUGGAGUUUGAUGAGAAAGAGCUCCGCAAGGAGAUAAGCUACGCCAUUAAGAACAUCCAUGGCAUCAGAACUGGCCUCUUCACUCCGGACAUGGCCUUUGAGACCAUUGUGAAAAGGCAGAUUGGGAAGAUUAAAGAGCCGUGCACCAAAUGUGUGGACAUGGUCAUUUCUGAGCUAGUCAAUACGGUUAGGCAGUGUACCAAGAAGCUGGCUCAAUACCCAAUGCUGAGAGAGGAAAUGGAGAGAAUCGUCACCCAACACAUCAGGGACAGAGAAAGCCGCACUAAGGAUCAGGUCCUGCUGUUGAUAGACAUCGAGCUGUCCUACAUGAACACCAACCAUGAGGAUUUCAUUGGAUUUGCCAAUGCUCAGCAGAGGAUCAACCAAAUAAGCAAGAAGAAGGCAGCCGGCAAUCAGGAUGAGAUCAUGCCAGAGAGAGGAGUUAACGAUCGGUUCAAGGUGAUCAGGAAGGGCUGGCUGACCAUCAACAACAUUGGCAUCAUGAAAGGAGGAGCCAAAGAAUACUGGUUUGUCCUCACUGCUGAGUCUCUGUCCUGGUACAAGGAUGAUGAGGAGAAGGAGAAGAAGUACAUGCUGCAGGUGGACAACCUGAGGCUGCGUGAUGUGGAGAAAGGCUUCAUGUCUAGCAAGCACAUUUUUGCCCUUUUCAACACUGAACAGAGGAAUGUGUAUAAAGACUACCGUCAGCUGGAGCUGGCCUGUGAGAGUCAGGAAGAUGUUGAUGCUUGGAAGGCAUCCUUCCUCAGAGCGGGAGUUUAUCCUGAGCGUUCCACGGACAAGGAAGGAAAGGGUGAUGGUGGUGAUGAAAAUGGCUCCGACUUCACCCACAGCAUGGACCCUCAGCUGGAGCGACAGGUGGAGACCAUUCGCAAUCUGGUCGACUCCUACAUGGCCAUUGUCAACAAGACAGUCCGUGACCUGAUGCCUAAGACCAUCAUGCAUCUCAUGAUUAUCAAUACUAAAGACUUCAUCAACGCGGAGCUGCUGGCUCAGCUGUACUCAUGUGGCGACCAGAACACACUGAUGGAGGAGUCUCAGGAACAGGCCCAGCACCGCGAUGAGAUGCUGCGGAUGUACUAUGCACUGAGGGAAGCGCUCAACAUCAUCGGAGACAUCAGCACGACCACAGUGUCCACCUCCAUGCCGCCGCCAGUGGACGACUCAUGGCUACAGGUGCAACGGGGCGGCUCUGGAGGAAGGUCUCCAGCAACCAGUCCAACUCCAAACCGGAGGGCUCCACCAGGACCCCCAGCCCGCCCUGGCUCUCGUGGGCCUCCGCCUGGGCCUCCUCCUGCUGCAGGGGGGCCACCGGUCCCAUCUCGUCCGGGAGCUUCUCCGGACCCUUACAGUGGGCCUCCACCCACUGUUCCCUCCCGGCCGAACCGUGCACCCCCAAGUGUGCCCAGAAUCACUAUUACUGACCAAUGAGGACUAACCCUUCUGCCAGCUAAGAAAAGGCAGCCCCACUCAGUCUGAGAACCCUCUGCCACCAUUUGACUCCUAGGAGAAACACCUCAUUGUUUUACCCAUAACCCCAACCUCUUCACUGCACUUCUGUUCAUUUUCACCGCCCCAUCCGACCAUCAACCCUGUCACUCAGCUCCACCUUGUUCACCCUGAAGAAGAGUGGCGUUAGUUUCUCCUCCUCUUCCUCCUCAGGACACAUCACCUGGGGAACCCAGGGGACUUAUUUAUCUAUUUUAUUUUGCAGUUUACAGACCUUCAAUGCCACUUGAUCGUAAAUUACACCCAGCCAACAUCCACAUCUCAAAUGUCUGUGCUGCAGAACCUAUGCAACAACCAAACGUUUUUUGUUCCUUUUGUAAUACCUCCUCUGCUUUUCAUGCAAACUUUGCUACUGCUACAUUAUAUAGAUUUUACAAGCUGUUCACUAGUUUUUACUACAGAGAAAGGGAAUCUGUUGCUCAGGUUGACAUAACUGAAGUGUGUUUCUUUGUGAAAACUUCUGUUCAGGUUGAUGAUCUGUUUUUCUUUCUUCUUUUUCUUUUUCUGUUCUUCCCUCUCUCAGUGGUCACGGGGGUGAGUGAGACCAUGUCAGCCACAGUCAAUGCUUUAAAAUCUCAAACUAACCCUAAACCUCCCACAUUUUCCUUUUGUUUAAUCUGCAACUUGUGGUGUUUUGUAUUUGAAACCCAAAAACAACAACCCACCAGCCGUGUGAAAUCCACCUCUGUACCUCAGUUAAUGUCAUUACAGUGAUUUUAACCCACCCGCAACAUCCUUAGUGCAUCUUAGUACUGCAAAGGAAACAUCUGCUCCUUUUUAUUUAUCGGUAGUUUAUUACAGACCUAUCUUGAUGUGUUUUUCUGUAUAUGUGUGGUGCAUCUUCUGGACAUUGUCUUUUAGUCUGCAAUGUAUGAAAUUGCUAAAUAUUUAAAUUAUUCUGAAUAAAUGUGUAUAAGGGAUUAUUUAAAAACAAAAAUGACAAAAAUAUUUAUUGCAUUAAUGUUGGCGGGUUGUUUGAUUCUAUAGCUUGUAGCAGAGAGGGAUUUCUUUGGUUUUUCUUGCCCCCUCCCCUCAUUUAAAAGAGCAGGGAGGUGUGGAUGUGUGGACCUUCUGCACCACUGACACCCUGCAUCUUGUUCAAUGAUGACUUUAUCCUGCAGGACUGCUGUGCUUUGUCAAUACAUUAAAAAUGUCAGUGUACGGAAAGGAA